AAAGCUGUCAAGAAGGCCAAAUUGGAGUCUUUGCUGGGCCGAUUGUGGCCCCCGGGCUUUAUGUUUGACAUCCGUGACUGCAGGGCAACAUGUAGUGGAACCCGAGUGGAACACACAGCUGCUAAGAAUGGGCUCAACGAUCACGUGAACACGAAGUAGUGAGCUGGUUGGUAAUUUACUUAAAUUAUGGUGUCACUUUAAUUCUAAAUAAAUGUACGAAUUCAUGUGUUUUUAUCGUUUACUAUUAAAUAAAAUAGUUAAUUGUAAUUUCCGCGACACUAAUAGUCCUCCAUACACCACCCGCAUGGCUAUUAUAAGCUUUUGGGCUGACUUCGUAAUGGCAAAAGUUGUGUCCUUGUUUAUUAUUUUUACAGUAUAUGUGUUUGUGUGUGAGUUUUAUACCUUUUGGUCUCAUGUAGUUCGUACAGUUGAUUUGGGAGGUCGUGUUUGCGGUCGGUACGUGAAGUGAGCGCACUGGACUCCGCCCACCACCACCGAGCUAGCUGUGCUGUUGCUGCAGCAGCUGGAAACAAACCACAGCACCGCAGCAGUGUCGCUAGCAAGCAGGCUUACGAGCUCUUGUGAGUUGAGCGUUUCCGGGCUGCGAUGGCGGCAGUUGGAGUCCAGCAGACGAGGGUCGCAGACUGUGUGACCAAGGUGUCGCUGAGCAUCUCCUGCGACCAUCUGCUCGACAUGGAUGCAUUCUCAAAGUCCGACCCUCUAUGCGUGCUUUUCAUGAACUCCUCUGGAAACCACUGGUUUGAGGUUGGUCGCACGGAGAAAAUCGAGAACUGCCUCAGUCCCAAGUUUUCCAAGCCUAUUGUCCUCGACUACUAUUUUGAGAUGGUGCAGAAGUUGAGGUUUGAAGUGCACGAUAUUGACACUGAAAACUGCAGUCUGCAAGAGGCUGACUUCCUGGGACAGCUGGAGUGUACCUUGGGACAGAUCGUGUCCUCAAGAAAACUAACAAAACCACUUGUUAAGAAGGACAAGAUGCCUGCAGGAAAGGGAACCAUUACUAUAUGUGCAGAAGAAAUGACUGACAACAGAGUGGUGGCAUUUGAAGUCGCAGCAAGAAAACUGGACAAGAAGGAUUUUUUUGGCAAAUCCGACCCUUUCUUGGAAUUCUACAAGCAGACAGAAACUGGAUGGCAGCUGGCUCACAGGACAGAGGUGGUGAAAAAUAACCUAAAUCCCGUUUGGAGACCAUUCCAAAUCCCAAUUCAGUCACUUUGUGCAGGCGAUGUUGAGAAACCUAUCAAGAUUGACUGUUAUGACCACAACAACAGUGGCGAUCACGACUUCAUUGGAACAUUUCAGACCUCGCUCAGUCAAAUCCAGCAGGCAACAGAAACAUUUGCAGCGGAAUUUGAGUGCAUCAACAGCAAAAAAAAAGAGAAGAAGAAAGGAUAUAAAAACUCUGGCAUCAUCGUCAUAAAAAAAAGCAAGAUAGUGAGGCAGUACACGUUUCUGGAUUACAUAAUGGGAGGCUGUCAGAUUAACUUCACUAUCGCAAUUGACUUCACAGGCUCCAAUGGGGAUCCCAAAUUCCCCCAGUCACUCCACUACAUCAACCCUCAGGGCUACAAUGAGUACCUGGCAGCCAUCUGGGCAGUUGGUAAUGUCAUCCAGGACUACGACAGUGAUAAGAUGUUCCCUGCUUUUGGUUUUGGAGCACAGAUUCCUCCUGCAUGGCAGGUCAACCACGAGUUUCCCAUCAACUUCAACCCAUCCAAUCCAUUCUGUGCAGGUGUAGAGGGUGUGGUUGCUGCCUACCAGCAGUGUCUGCCCCAGGUGAAGCUUUACGGCCCAACAAACUUUUCCCCAAUCAUCAACCACGUCGCCCAAUUUGGAAGACAGGCGCUGCAGCAGCAAACUGCAUCUCAAUACUUUGUUCUCCUGAUCAUCACUGAUGGAGUAAUCACGGACAUGGACGAGACGCGCAACGCCAUCGUCAACGCCUCUCGUCUGCCCAUGUCUAUCAUCAUCGUCGGGGUCGGAGGGGCGGACUUCAGUGCCAUGGAGUUCCUGGAUGGAGACGAUGGAGUUUUGCGUUCGACAACAGGAGAGAACGCCAUGCGGGACAUCGUGCAGUUUGUGCCAUUCCGGAAGUUCCAAAAUGCGGGCAGUGCAGCCCUUGCACAAAGUGUACUGGCAGAGUUGCCUGACCAACUGGCCUCCUUCUUCAAGUUAUUUGAGCUGAAGCCCCCCACUGAACCGAGUCCUACCUAAAAUGUGCAGGAGUACCCCAACCAACACGCUGAUCGUGCCCCUCAUCCUUCCCUUCAUUUGAUCCGAGCUGCAAUCAGGAUUUAUAAAUAUCAUAGUAACCUUGCUUUUUCAAGGUUAUGUCAUGCCUUGAUUGUUCACAGUACGUGGUGCAUUAAGUCAUCAUAUACUGUAGGUUUGUAUGAGCACAAAACGGUAACUUAAUGAUGCACGACUCUGUCGAAGCCAUGUGAAGUUUUCUAGCUUUUCUAGCUCUGGUUUUAUUGGCUGUAAGAACAUGUGACUAGCUUAAACUUUAAACACCUUCUCUUGGUGCUCUUCUCAAAUUACAGCUGCAGCUCUGCAACCUCCCUGCUUUCUUUUCUAACUGCAUGUUUCUGUGUGUGUGUUUGGCACACUUUCACUGUUGCUCUGUCUCUGCCCUUUGUCUCAGUGUCCUAAAGAACUGCUUGCUCAGAGCGUCCUGGCAGAAAUCCCAGAUCAGGUGUCUGGCUUCUUCAACACCUUCAAUUUGAAGCCGCUUGAGAGCUGCACACCUACUUCUGACCUCUCAGCAUCUGCGCCACCCCUUCUGUGAUUUAUUCUGAAAACUAUCUUUCCUUCUUAAUGUCUUACCUACAAAUGUCUUGUGAUUCCUCACCUGGAAUUUUUUAGGAAAACUUCCUGCAGCUACAGAGUAAAGCCAUACUGCAUUAAUGUUAUCAAAGAUUUCCUAAUAUUUGCUAAUAUGUGGAAAUUUAUGUCAGUUAAGUGCCAGAUAUAAAUGUUGCUUUUAUUUUAUUACCUUUAUUAAAGGAUUUAUUGUAACUGUGUUGUAUUGGGUGAGUUGUUGACUGUUAGUCACAUGACAGGGCCUGGAGUAUUUAACUGGGUACUCCAAGUUUGUGCUGAUAUCAUCUCCUCUGUAUUACAGCCAUAACUUCUUUGUUGGUUUUCACAUUUCAUGUUGUAAUGGAAUAUAUACAUUUCAGUUUAAUACAUUUCAAUUUAAUAUUUCCAGCAGAUUUCAGGUGUGAUGCAGUAAGUUUUACAAAAUGAAUCCAUAUGUACUGAUCCCGAUGUUCAAAAUAAUACAUUUGUUGUUCUGUUUUUAUAGACUUUUUUACAGUUAUGUGAUUUUGAUUAAAAAUACUAAAUGUGCUUGCAUGCAAAAAGAAUCAAAGUGAUUAAGAAAAUCCUUUUUUUACACAGUGUACUUUUUUGAUUUUUACUUUGUCUUAAGAGGAAGUAGCAAAAAAUGUACUUCAACAUUUAUUAAAUCCCCCGAUACAUUUC